CGCCCCGACUCGGGAUCAAGGAGGACUCAUGCCCUAGGUGGGCCCCGUGGCGUUGCCUUGGUACAGACGACGCUCUCCACGAGGGCGGGCUGCACUUCCGGGGCGGGGCACGGCCAACGGAAGUACGUGACCGCCCGGGGCCAUGGCGGCGCUCGGCGUCUUCUGCUUUCUCCUCGGGGCGGUAUCCUGGCCGCCGACCUCGGCCUCGGGCGAGGAGUUCUGGCCAGGCCAGUCGGCAGCCGACAUCUUGUCGGGGGCGGCGUCCCGCAGACGGUAUCUUCUGUACGACGUCAACCCCCCGGAGGGCUUCAACCUCCGCCGGGACGUGUACAUCCGGGUCGCCUCCCUCCUGAAGACUCUGCUGAAGACUGAGGAGUGGGUGCUGGUACUGCCCCCCUGGGGCCGCCUCUACCACUGGAAGAGCCCCGACAUUCACCAGGUCCGGAUUCCCUGGUCUGACUUUUUCGAUCUUCCAAGUCUCAGUAGGAACAUCCCCGUCAUGGAGUACGAACAGUUCAUUGCAGAGUCCGGCGGGCCCUUCAUCGACCAGGUCUAUGUCCUGCAAGGUUAUGCAGAGGGCUGGAAGGAGGGGGCCUGGGAGGAGAAGAUCGACAGCCGGCCCUGCAUCGAGCCGCCCCUUUACUCGCAGGACAAGCACGAGUAUUACAGAGGAUGGUUUUGGGGUUAUGAAGAGACGCGGGGUUUAAACGUCUCCUGUCUGUCUGUUCAGGGGUCGGCUUCCAUCAUCGCCCCUGUGCUCCUGAGAAACACGUCCGCACGGUCCGUGAUGUUAGACCGAGCCGAAAACCUCCUUCACGACCACUAUGGAGGGAAGGAGUACUGGGACGUGAGUGUCGCAUGGCAAGCAUCUCUGUACAUGUGUUUAGUCUUGGAAAGCCCAAGACCCUCAGCAGCUCUUGUUUUCCACCUUGCUGACUGGCCUGAUGAGGCUCUUAGCAGGCGUGGGGGAGGGUCCGCCGACCCGGCGCAGCAUGGUGUUCGCCAAGCACCUGCGGGCCGUGGGGGACGAGUUCCGGAGCAGGUACCUCAAUUCCACGGACGCGGCCGACAGGAUCCCCUUCGAGGAGGACUGGACCAAGAUGAAGGUCCAGCUGGGCUCUUCGCUGGGGGGCCCAUACCUGGGCGUCCACCUGAGGAGGAAGGACUUCACCUGGGGGCACAGGGAGGACGUGCCCAGCCUGGAGGGGGCCGCGAGGAGGAUCCGCAGCCUCAUGAAGACCCACCAGCUGGACAGGGUGUUCGUGGCCACGGACGCCGCCAGGAAGGAGCUGGAUGGGCUCCGGAGGCUGCUGCCCGAGAUGGUGCGGUUCGAACCCACGUGGGAGGAGCUGGAGCUCUACAAGGACGGGGGUGUCGCCAUCGUGGACCAGUGGGUCUGCGCACACGCCCGGUUUUUUAUCGGCACCUCGGUCUCCACGUUCUCUUUUCGAAUUCACGAGGAGAGAGAGAUCCUGGGGUUGGACCCCAAGACGACAUACAACCGGUUCUGUGGGGACGAGGAGAAGGCGUGCGAGCAGCCCACACACUGGAGAAUUGCGUACUGAGCCGGCCCACGGGCGCCCCACACGCGGGCUCGCAGCAGCCGCCCUCAGGACAGCAGCAGCUGGCUGGGCAGCAGGCUGUCCCCUCUCCGGUCUCAGGCCCGGGAGCCUUGCGGAGCCGCGCUGCGUCUGUCCUGCCUUCCCCAGGCCCACCUGUGUGCCGUGACCCAGCGCCGCCGCUUCCCCGGGAUGCGGGCUGUUGGCUCCAGAUCCGGAACCGUGUGUCCGCGGCCAGCGAGGCCCCGUGAUGCCUCGGAGGUGCCGGCUUGUCCUGUUGACCUUGGCCUGGAGGGUCUCCCACAGCGCCGGGCAGGCCUGGCGCCUGGGCUGCUCCUGUCCCGGGCGGCGGACACAGGGAGUGUUGACGCUCCCUGUGCCACAGAGCAGGGCCCCUGGUCCUGCCCUUCUCCCCACAUGGGACCCCGUGCCAGCUGGACGGCGGGCGAACCACCACAUCACAGGGCCGGUCUGAGGCCUUUGGGGGCCUGUGAUGCCCUCGCCCCGUCCGCCCCCACUGCCUGGGUCAGAGCAUCGGCCCCAUCCGUCCCGCACUGCCUGGGUCAGAGCAUCGGCCCCGUCCGUCCCCCACUGCCUGGGUCAGAGCAUCAGAACGUUCCUUGGCGAGUCCCGGUGCUUUGUGUGCUCACGGGGACGGGACCCCUGCCGGUGAUCUGCAGGGUCCGUCCAGCUGUCCAGGCUGUCUGGUCUGUGACGGCCACAGCAGUACGAGGGGUGGCCAGAUGCUCGUCCUCGGAGCCCCUGUGGUCCCCACGCGAGGGCAGGGUGCAGCUGAGAGGAGCGGGGUCACUCCAGCCUCGGAAGGCACCUUGGGGACCAGCUGCUGCGGGGCAGAGGCCCGCCUGCAGAGCCCUGUGUGGGGACUUCACUGCCGCCACGAGGGAGCUGCUGUGAGGGCACUGCUGGGGCCCCACCCCGUCCCCUCCAACUAGGCGCCCAACUUCCCACGACACCUGGGGUGACUGGCGACCCUGCAGAACCCAUGAGUCUGGGCUGCAGCCGCCCCGUGUCUCCUUCCUGAGCUCUAGAGAGGCCCUGAUCAUACGGCGGGGUCCUGCGGUGUCACCGCCGUGCCGGGUGAAACCGCGAGAUAUUUAUUCUUUGUCUGUUUGUACAUCAAGUAUUAAUAAAAUACGUUUUCUAGAAACGGU